AUUGGUCGUAACACAAACUAAAAUAAAAGAAAUAAUAAAUUCAUUUGUUUAGACCCCAAAAAAAAAAAAAAAAUCCUUCGAUCUCGCUGCUGCAACGGUUCUCUCUUAGUUUCUUACUCGAAGUAGAUCGAGAGAACUUGUGUGUUUCCCAAUUCCUUCACUUUCAAAAAUUUUUCCUUAUGAUUUUUCUUUUGCCGUCAAUUUUCUGUUAGAAAAAAGUUUUGUGUGAUUCAGUUUACUCCACGGAAUCUCUAAUCUUCCAGAUUCAUUCUCAUUGGUUGAAAAUGAAUUUCCUCCAGUAUCUUCCUUAGAUUUUUCAGCCAUUUUUUUUUUUUUUUCCUUUUUCGAAACUUUCCCGAGAAAAGUUUAAUUAGUUUCUUUUUGCGUGGAAAAGGGACGAAGAGUCGGAAGAAACUGUUUUGACUACCUCCUCCAGUUGGAUUCAUCUUUGGAUUGAUGAGUGUGGUGGUUUCGCCCUCAGAGUGAUGGGUUGCGUCUACUCCAAAACUUGCAUUGGUCAGAUUUGCGCCACCAAAGAAGACAGCAUCAGGCAGCCUCCGCCUAAAGCUACUUCGGCGGCGGCUGCGGAGAAUCCGGUGUUCAAUCCCUCUUCAGAUGCGGGGGAUGACGACGAGAUUCACGAGCUUAGCCUAAACAGAGACCAGGAAUGGGGAAUCACGCGCCUUUCUAGGGUUUCCGCUCAGUUUCUACCACCUGACGGGUCUAGAAUCGUAAAGGUUCCGUCUUGCAGCUACGAAUUGAGAUACUCGUUUCUCUCUCAGCGAGGGUAUUACCCUGAUGCUCUUGACAAGGCGAAUCAAGACAGUUUCGCUAUCCACACCCCCUUUGGGAGCAACUCGGACGAUCACUUCUUCGGCGUGUUCGAUGGUCACGGCGAGUUCGGCGCUCAGUGCUCGCAGUUCGUGAAGAGGAGACUCUGUGAGAAUCUUCUAAGGCACGGGCGGUUUCGUGUAGACGCUGCUGAGGCUUGUAACGCGGCCUUCUUGAGCACGAACUCUCAGUUACAUGCUGAUUUCGUGGAUGAUAGUAUGAGUGGGACAACGGCUAUUACGGUUAUGGUUAGAGGGACGACGAUCUACGUGGCGAAUGCUGGUGACUCCAGGGCGGUUUUAGCUGAGAAGAGGGACGGUGAUCUUGUCGCUGUUGAUUUGUCUAUUGACCAGACUCCUUUUAGAGAUGAUGAGCUUGAAAGGGUGAAGCUUUGUGGAGCUAGAGUUCUUACUCUUGAUCAGAUUGAAGGUUUGAAGAAUCCUGAGGUUCAGUGUUGGGGUACUGAGGAGGACGAUGAUGGAGACCCUCCCAGGCUUUGGGUUCCCAAUGGGAUGUAUCCAGGAACUGCGUUUACGAGGAGUAUUGGGGAUUCUAUUGCGGAGACGAUUGGGGUUGUUGCUAACCCUGAGAUUGCUGUUGUUGAGCUCACCCCGGAUAAUCCUUUCUUUGUGGUGGCUAGUGAUGGUGUUUUCGAGUUCAUUUCUAGCCAAACUGUUGUUGACAUGGUUGCAAAACAUAAGGAUCCUCGAGAUGCUUGUGCUGCAAUUGUUGCUGAAUCAUAUAGGCUAUGGCUACAGUAUGAAACUCGUACAGAUGAUAUAACCAUCAUUGUUGUGCAUAUUAAUGGCCUAAAUGAUGAUGCUCCUCGGCAGUUGACGAGUACAGGGACUCUGUUACAGCCUCCUAUUCCACAAGUUGUGGAACUGACAGGUUCUGAAUCUCCUUCCACCUUUGGAUGGAACUCUAAAAACCAACGUGUGAGGCAUGAUCUAUCUCGGGCUAGAAUACGCGCUAUUGAGAGUUCACUAGAGAAUGGAAAUGCUUGGGUUCCUCCAUCUCCAGCCCAUAGGAAAACCUGGGAAGAAGAAGCACACAUUGAGCGGGUAUUGCGUGACCAUUUCCUCUUCAGGAAACUCACUGAUUCUCAGUGCCAGGUUUUGCUGGACUGCAUGCAAAGGCUUGAACUUAAUCCAGGGGAUGUAGUUGUGAAACAGGGUGGUGAAGGAGACUGCUUCUACGUUGUAGGUAGUGGAGAAUUUGAGGUCUUGGCAACUCAGGAUGAAAAGAAUGGUGAGGUGCCUAGGAUCUUGCAGCGGUAUACAGCUGAUAAACAAUCAUCAUUCGGUGAACUCGCCUUGAUGCACAACAAGCCGCUUCAGGCUUCUGUGCGUUCAGUGGAUCAUGGAACACUGUGGGCCUUAAAAAGAGAAGACUUUCGAGGAAUUCUGAUGUCUGAGUUUACAAACUUACCAUCCUUGAAGCUUCUACGUUCUGUUGAUCUUCUCUCCCGUCUUACGAUUUUGCAACUAAGCCAUGUUGCAGAGUUUCUGUCCGUAGCUUCCUUUUCAGAUGGACAAACUAUAGUUAAAAAGGAUGAAAAACUUCAGGGACUGCAUGUCAUCCAGAAGGGACUCGUGAGAAUUACUUUUGGUGCAGAGUUAUUGGAGAGUCAAAAUGUUUCAAGCCUUGCAUCUGAGAUCACUAAAGAACAUGAUACCGAAACAGAAGUUUCCAUAGAAAAGGAAGAAGGAAGUUACUUUGGUGAAUGGGCUCUUCUUGGCGAACUCAAAGAUUCCUUAAGUGCAGUUGCAGUUGGGGAAGUGGUCUGUGUGGUUUUAACAAAAGAAAAAUUUGAGUCAGCGGUCGGCCCUUUGACCAAUCUUGCAGAUGACACUCACAAGUCGAGACAAUCUUCGUUCGAUAUAUCAAAAGAAUCAGCAAAAGUUACUGAUACCACAACUCUUGCUAAAGCCACUCUUGCAGACUUGGAAUGGACAACAUGCUUGAGUUCAACAGACUGCAGCGAGGUUGGGCUGGUGCAUUUAAAAGACAAAGAAAAUUUGCUCAGCUUGAAAAGGUUUUCAAAGCACAAGGUGAAGAAGCUAGGCAAAGAGGCACAAGUCUUGAAAGAGCGGAAUCUGAUGAAGAACGCAAUAAAGCCCUCAGCUUUUGUUCCUGAGGUCUUGUGCACUUGUUCUGAUCAAACAUACGCAGCCAUCUUACUGAACACUACUCUUGCUUGUCCUCUAUCUUCAUUGCUUCACUCUCCUAUUGACGAGUCAUCUGCCCGUUUCAUUACCGCCUCAUGUGUGUCUGCCUUGGAAGAUAUACACAAGAACGGCAUUCUCUUUAGAGGUUCAUCUCCUGAUUUGCUGAUGUUGGAUCAAUCUGGAUACCUUCAGAUUGUAGACUUCAGAUUCGCCAAGAAACUGUCUGAGGAAAGAACAUUUACAAUAUGUGGAAAUGCAGAUUAUUUAGCACCUGAAAUUGUUCAAGGCAAAGGCCAUGGUUUUGCAGCUGACUGGUGGGCACUUGGAGUUUUGAUCUACUAUAUGCUAGAAGGGGAAAUGCCAUUUGGGUCAUGGAGACAAAACGAGCUAGACACGUUUCAGAAAAUUGCUAAAGGCCAACUAACUUUCCCUCGAGCUCUAAGUUCAGAACCUCAAGAUCUCAUCACAAAGUUGCUUGAAGUUGAUGAAAACCUGCGGUUCGGUAGCCAAGGAGGUCCUGAAUCAAUCAAGAAACAUCCCUGGUUCAAUGGACUCAACUGGGGAGCGAUUAGUAGCCGCGGAGUUCAAGUUCCUCAAGAGAUAGUCUCGCGCAUUCAUCACCAUCUAGAGAAUGAUAACGCUCUUCCUCUAGAAACUUUACAAUCAGUGGACACAACAGAUGAUCAAGAUGCUCAAAACUGGCUUGAAGAAUGGUAAAAAAUAGACCUGAAACAAAAUGCCGGGACUUGUAUUUUUGUUCUCGCCCUCUUCAUUUCAAAAUUUACAUGCUUUAUAGAGCUGUAAACAAACAGUCAUUGAUGCUGAAAAACAAAGAGAGCUUAGUAGAAUCUUUAAAAACCUUGAUUCAUGAAAAAGUUAAAAAUC